AUGCCCCAGUACUACGAACAGCCAAUAUGCUUCUUAGAUUAUAUUGUAGUGGGAGCGGGGGCUGGAGGCGGGCCACUAGCAGCCCGACUGGCACUUAACGGAUAUAAAGUUUUACUUCUAGAAGCUGGGCCGGACUCAUAUCAAAACAACGUGACGAUUCCUUUCUACUUCGGGCGGACGACUGAGGACGAAAAGUUGGCACUUGAUUACGAGGUUGACCAUUAUACCUCCCCAAACAAUGUUACGGCUUGGUACCCCCGUAGCCAGGGCAUUGGCGGAUCCACUAUUCACAAUGCAUUGAUUCAUAUGCGCGCCCAAAACUGGGAUUUUGAUAAUAUAGCAGACAUAACGGGAGAUAGCUCUUGGAAAUCAUCGUCAAUGCAAAAGUACCUUACGCGACUUGAAAAAAACCUCUACGUCCCCAAGCAGGCGGGAGAAUCGCUGGGCUAUGGUUAUGACGGCUGGUUGUCCACCAACUCCGGGCCACUCAAUCUUAUCAAUGAUCCCAAGUAUGCAGACGAGCAGAUUGGAACUAUCAUGAGCACCUUGAUGAGCUCUGUCCCCGCGGUUGGCGGAUCAGAUUGGAAUAACCUAACUAGCGAUGGUGUCGCAGGAUCGGCGAUGCUCACCUUCACAAGGGACCAAUAUGGAAAUCGUUCAUCGACCCGCGACCACCUUGUCGACGUCCGUACGAGACUCCCUGAUAAACUUACAAUUCAAACGGAGACUAUGGCUACAAGAAUUCUCAUUUGCAAGUCUUCUGAUGGUUCACUGCAAGCGUACGGUGUCGAAGCUGCCUCCGGUCCAUACCUUCUCCCCGUUGCGCGCCAAUUUUCGGGAAAGCGCACUCUAGAUUUGAAGACAUACACAGCCAAGUACGAAUUAUCCGGAAUCGGACCUUCGCAACAAUUGAGCAAAUUUGGGAUUUCAACUUUGGUUGAUUUACCUGGAGUGGGCGAGAAUGUUCAAGACCGUAUGGAGGCUACGCUUGUAUGGAAGCUGAAUCAUACGCACACAAUAUUCUCACUUGGUUGUCUCUUCGGCGACGAUCCGAAAACGGAUCCAUGCUUGGCCGAUUGGAUCGCGACUAAUCAUACGAAUGUGUAUUCUCUGGGUGCUGCUCUAUGGGGAGAAAAGUUUAAGUCGAACUCUAGCCUAUCGCAUCUUGAUGUACUGUCUAUAUGGGGUCCCGGAGCUUUCACACAUUACUACCGUGGGUUUGGUCGUGACUAUGGCUUGAACUCUCCGGAUAGUAUAAACAAUGCGUUUUUGAAAGCAUACGCGCGCUCCAAAGGCUGGGUGCGAUUGACGGGGUCUGAUCCUCAGGAUAAGUUGGAGAUUAACAAGAACUAUCUCGGGUCUCCCGAGAGCAUCGAAGAUCUCACUAUCAUACGUGAUAGCAUACAAAAGUCCCGUCGUUACAUUGCUUCGACCCCGCAGAUUAACCGCUGGAUUGUCCAAGAAACUUGGCCUGGAUCCCAGUACCAAACGGACGAACAGCUCUGGGAGUUUUUACGAGCAAAUGUCUUCGGUCACCAUUUAUGCUGUUCGGCGAAGAUUGGUGCCGACAAUGACAGUAUGGCCGUGCUCGACAGUCAAUUCCAAUUGCGAGGCGUCAAGAACUUGCGAGUAGAUGCCAGCGCAUUUCCGGUAAUCCCUGGAAUGUUCAUCACGACUCCGAUAUACACAAUUAGUGAGAAAGCAGCCGACUUGAUUCUUGGCACUGCCAAAGCCAAUGGGUGGGGAACAGGAAGUGCUGCGGUUACCAGUAACUCGAACUCGGGUGUUGGUGUUAAAGGUGCCGUGCCUUUCUCGGCGUAG